AUAAAAUAUAAAGUACUCGUAAUUAUAAACAUUUAAAAUAAGAAGAAAUGUUUAUGUAAAUGAUAAUCCAAGAACAAAACUUAAUAAGUAACAUUCUUUUCAUAAGAGACUACUUUUCUUGAAAAAUUAAUACAUAGCACUAGUGGUACUUUAAAACAUCACUUCAUUUAAGAAUGCUUAUUGACAGCGAUCUCGUGAUCUUUGAGAGAGGAGCGGCAAAGGGGAAACCCUAGCCGCCUCCUCUUCUUUUCCUCUCUUCUUUCAAUCUUCUUUUGACCCCAAUCAUGAAAAAAGUUUCGUUAGAUCAAUAUUUUCAGUUCUAUGUGUACGUCUAUUUCCUAGCGUUGUCUAGAGAUAUUAUUUUUUGUGGCGAAGUGUCGUUCGCCAGAUUUAUAUUCCCCACCAUCAUCGGUCGGGUGUUCUUGGGUGUUAGUAAGAGAUGUGUAUUGGCUUCUCCAUUCAUCAUGAAUCAAGAUUUCUCCUGUAUCAAUAUAGAGGUUGAUCACCCCCCUCCUGAACCAUCGCCGAUCAAGGAAGAUGGGAGUGAAUGGAUUGCUUUUUUUCCGGUGGCUGGUGAAAUCGGAACAAUUUCUGCACUUGACUCCUUACCGGUAGCUGGAAAAACCGGCAAGUUUAAUAAUUCCUUUUCGGUGGCUGGUCGAACCGGACCUAUUUCGAGUAGCACGAGCAGUGAAAUUGCGGGACGAGUCUACAUAAUUGUAGGGUUAGCGAACAUGAUAGCUUUUAUAUGACUUUUUGUUCUUUGUCUCACCCUAGUGUAGGGUUGAACGUUGUGAUUGCAAUGCUUCGGCUUUUGAUCGUUAUGUUUCUGGUUACCCUUAUCAAUAAUAAUUAAGUUAUUGAUUUUCAAAAACAAAAAAAAAACACUAGUGGUACUUUAACGUCUCAAACAUUAGCAUAUAAUGUCAAAUUCCGUUCGCAAUAGUUUCUGAAACUUCGUGCAUUUGUUGUUGUUGAGAUUUGUAACGGUGAGAUGAAAAAAAAUAGAAAUGGUGAGAUGCAAAAAAUGAAUAUAUACACCAAAUAGCUCAAACAUCAAUGUACUAGACAUAAGAUUUUUUAGGAAAAUUGAAUCCAAUAAAGAAUUGAAACCCCCUCAAUCCAUUAUAGAUUUAAUAAAUGCAGUAAUUACAUCAUCUAAUGAUCUUACACUAGUACAUUGAAUAACAUGUUCUUAAGCAAUUAAUAUACUCCCUCCGUCCCGAAAAGGUUGCCAAAUUUCAUUUUUUUGGAUGUCCCAAAAAGAUUUGUCAUUUUCAUUUAAAGUAAGAAAUAUGUGGUUGAAGUUAAUUCUCUCUCUGCACAAAUUUCAAUCACACAGUUUUUACUUUAUUAAUCCACGUGAAAGUCAAAGUUGGCGAACCUUUUCGGGACGGAUGGAGUAUAAUAAUGGAAGAAGUCCUCAUAUAUGAUGGUGAUAAUAAUUUCAAUUUGAAUCAUGUAGCCAAGGAAGACUAGGAAGAUCUAUAUUGUAAAAUAAAAAUGUCCAAAUUAGAAAGCUCGGGCUACUUGGUGGAUAGAUGUCAACUAUCACGGGAGAGAGUAUCAUUGAAACACAAUGAACAAAGUUUCAAUUGAGGAUGUAUAGUAUCUUAACAUAUGAACUCUUAAAAACACAAUUGAACUAUUUUAAAGUACUAUUAAAAAUAAUGAUGGAAAGAAAAUAAUGAAUAAUCGUUUCGCAAAAGAAGCACCUCGGCUUUGAUGGUUCUCACAAUGAUGGUGAAACUCACUCGAUGUCUCCAUUCGGUCUUGAGUUAAAUCUGACAAGGGGGUGAGGGAGGUCUUGUUCCCCAUGGAGAGAGUGAUGAUCAUAAUGGAGGUAGUGAAUUCGUGUGAUUGGAAAACUGACGGUAAUCAAAUCUGGAUUUAUAUAUCUAAGAGUUUUAGCCUUCAGAUAUAGUUCACAAGAUUAUAUAUAUAAAAUAGGCCUGAAGUAUAAUUAUGCUUUAUGUAGUCUCAAUAAUUGCAUGAGAUAUUGAUACAGAGACAUGAUAGAAGUAUGGAACUUAAAGACGUAGAGCUAGUCAGCUAGUGCAAAUUUCAACGAAAUAGCUGAGUUACUUCCACGACAUAUUCAAUCACUUUCUUGUUUUGAUCCAACCAUGUUAUGAACGGAGUCAUGCAUUUUCCAUCACUUUUAAAGCAUUAAAGCAUUAUUGUUGUAAUGUUUCGUAGUAGCCUUUAUUUUUGGAGCUAAAUAACAACUUGGAUCAUGCUG